GCUCUCAUCAGCAGCAGCAGCCCCGCCUCGCGACGCCAACCGCUGGCUGGUUCGCCUCCAACACAACCUCCCCACAUCUGGCUGUCACAACGUGCCGCUCCUCCGGUACCGCGGCAUGCUCACAUACACAGCGAGUGGAAUUUAACAAGAGGGGCACAAUGUCUGAGGUGCGAAAAUUCACAAAGAGGCUAAGCAAACCCGGGACGGCUGCGGAAGUCCGACAGAGCGUGUCGGAGGCUGUGAAGAGCUCCGUGGACCUGGUGGAGCAGCCAAAGAUCAUCGAACCGCUGGACUAUGAAGCUGUGGUGUUCCAGAGGAAGGCCCAGAUCCACAGCGACCCCCACAGAGACCUGCUGCUGUGCCCUGUGGACGAUGUCUCGGAGUCCCAGAUCUCACGGCAGAGGAGGACCGUCGUUCCCUCUGUGCCUCAGAAUGCAGAGCGAGAGGCCAGGAGUCUGUUUGCCAUGGAGUGCAUCAAGAUGUACAACACCGACUGGCAUGUAAUCAACUACAAGUACGAGGCUUACUCUGGUGACUUUCGCAUGUUGCCAAGCAAAGGCCUGAAGACAGACAAGCUGCCAGCUCAUGUGUUCGAGAUCGAUGAAGACGCCAAAGACGAGGACUCAGCCUCGCUGUGCUCCCAGAGGGGAGGCAUCAUGAAGCAGGGCUGGCUGCAGAAAGCCAACAUCAACAGCAGCCUGUCUGUCACCAUGAGGAGCCCUAAGAUGCGCCGCAAUGGCUUCGAACUGAAGAUGCAAGACCGCUACAGCCACUUCCUGGCGGCGGACAGCGAAGCAGAGAUGGAGGACUGGGUGAUCACGUUGAAACAGGCUCUGCAGAACGCCACUGAUCCCAGCCAGGACAGGAGGAACGGGGCAGAGACACUGGACUGUGCCCUGGAUGACGACACACCCAGCCAAGGUAAAGGGGAGAGCCUGCUGGAGAGCCUGGGGAGGGGCUUACAUCCGGAACUAACGAAGUAUGCCAGGGAGACAGACCAGCUGAAUAAGAUCAACAGGAACGAAGGCAGACAAAAGCUUUUCUCCCUGGAUCCAGAGACACAGAGGCUGGACUUCUCAGGGAUCGAGCCAGAUGUGAAGCCGUUCGAGGAGCGUUUCGGCCGUCGUAUCGUGGUCAGCUGCCACGACCUGACAUUCAGUCUGCAGGGCUGCGUCAGUGAGAAGGGGGACGGCGUCCUCACCAAUGUGGAGCCGUUCUUCAUCAGCCUCGCCCUCUUCGACGUCUCCAAGAGCUGUAAGAUCUCAGCCGACUUCCACGUGGACCUGAACCCGCCGUGCGUCAAGGAGAUGCUGACCGACGCCUCGGGGCAGCUCUCUCCUUCAUCAGACUCAGAGGGGGGAGGGGGAGGAGGAGGAGGAGGAGGAGGAGGAGGAGUCAGGGAGGGAGGAGGCAUGGUGAACGGAGACUCUGCCAAAGGGAAUGGCCUGCCGCUUCUUCAGAGGGUGUCCGAGGCUCUGCUGCGCUUCCCUACACAGGGUAUCUUUUCAGUGACCAACCCUCAUGCAGAUAUCUUCCUGGUGGCCCGUGUGGAGAAGGUGCUGCAGAACGGCAUCACACACUGCGCCGAGCCGUAUAUCAAGACUUCUGACAUCAGCAAGACUGCUCAGAAGGUGCUCAAAGCUGCCAAGCAGACAUGCCAACGCCUGGGUCAGUACAGGAUGCCUUUCGCCUGGGCUGCCAAGCAGGUGUUUAAAGACGCCCAGGGCAGCUUGGACAUGGACGGGAAGUUUUCUCCUCUCUACCGCCAGGACAGCAGCAAAGUCUCCAAUGAUGACAUCAUCAAGCUGCUGGCUGACAUCAGGAAACCUGAGAAGAGCAAGCUUCAGACCAUCCCUGGACAGAUGAAUGUCACCAUCGAGUGUGUCCCACCUGACUUCUCAAAUACGGUGACUUCCUCCUAUGUUCCCGUCAAGCCCUUCGAGGACGGCUGUGAGCGGGUUUCAGUGGAGGUGGAGGAGUUUCUGCCCGCGGAGGCCAAGUACAACUACCCCUACACAUCCUACAAGAACCAGCUGUACGUCUGCCCCCUGCAGCUCAAAUACGACAACCAGAAGUCCUUCACCAAGGCUAGAAACAUUGCAGUCUGCAUCCAGUUCAGAGAUUCAGAUGAAGAAGGGGCGACCUCUUUAAAGUGCAUCUACGGCAAGCCGGGAGACUCACUCUUCACCAGCAGCACCUACGCAGCCGUCCUGCACCACAAUCAGAGCCCGGAGUUCUACGACGAGGUGAAGAUCGAGCUGCCUGUCCACGUUCAUGAGAAACACCAUAUCCUCUUCACCUUCUACCACAUCAGCUGUGAGUCCAGCAGCAAGGCCAGCAGCAAAAAGAGAGAGGGGGUAGAGUCCCUGGUGGGUUACUCCUGGAUGCCUUUGCUGAAAGAAGGGAGGAUGCAGUCAGUGGAGCUGCAGCUGCCUGUAGCAUCCACCUUGCCUCCUGGAUACCUCUGUCAGGACACCAAGAAGUCCCAACCAGAUAUCAAAUGGGUGGAAAAUACCAAGACGCUGUUCAAAGUGAAGACCCACGUGGCAUCUACAAUAUAUGCUCAGGACCUGCAUCUUCACAAGUUCUUCCAGCACUGUCAGCUGAUGAGGACGACAUCAGAAGGCAACACAGCAGAACUGAUCAAAUACCUGAAGUGCCUGCAUGCCAUGGAGACUCAUGUCAUCAUCAACUUCCUUCCAACGGUGCUGAUGCAGCUGUUUGGAGUGCUCACAGCAGCGACCAAAGAAACGCAUGAGAUCGCUGUCAACUCCCUGCGUGUCAUCAUACACAUCGUCUCCAGAUGUCACGAGGAGGGCUUGGAACACUACCUGCGCUCUUUUGUUAAGUAUGUGUUUGUGACCAACACCCCUGCCUCGGGGAACUCAGUAACCACACAUGAGGUUUUAGCCACCGCCGUCACAGCAACCCUCAAACAGACAGCUGAUUUCAACACCAGCAACAAACUGCUCAAGUAUUCUUGGUUCUUCUUUGAAACAAUGGCCAAAUCCAUGGCCCAGUAUCUACAGGAGGGCAGCCGCAUAAAGAUGCCGCGGCCCCAGCGUUUCCCGGACAGUUUCCACCAGGCGCUGCAGUCGCUGGUGUUGUCCAUCAUGCCGCACAUCACCAUCCGCCACAUGGAAAUCCUGGAGGAAGCUCGCUGCAUCAAUCUGAGCCUGGCCAAUUUCAUCAAGAGGUGCCUGAUCGUCAUGAACAGGGGCUUUGCUUUCGGCCUGAUCAACCACUACAUGUGUCACUUCGGUCUCAAGGAUCCUAAGGUGCUGACUGAAAUGAAAUUUGAUUUCCUGAUGUCAAUGUGCAACCACGAACACUUCAUCCCUCUUAACCUGCCCAUGGCGUUUGGGCGCACCAAGAUGCAGAGGGUACAAGAGCAGAGUUUGGAGUUCAGCCUGACGGAGGAUUACUGCCGUAACCACUUCCUGGUGGGCCUGCUGCUGAGGGAACUGGCGGAGGCCGUGCAGCAGGGGCCCGAGGUCCGGCAGCUGGCCGUGAGCGUCCUCAAGAACCUUCUUAUUAAACACGCCAUGGACGACCGCUACACAGCAUAUAAGAACCAGCAGGCCCGGAUCUGUUUGCUGUACCUGCCACUUUUUGAGCUGCUCUACCAGAAUCUGAAGCAGCUGUCUGCCCAGCCGUACACCUCCAGCCCCAGGCAUGGCCUCAAU